CUUCGAGGUGUUAAUAAGAUUGCGUGUGAAAGCUGCUGUAAUUUACUGUUAGUGAAUUCACAAUUUAUGCCCAACAACAAGGAGUGCGAAAAGUUGAACUUUUUAUUGACGUCAAGUAACAAUCUGCAAUCAACCAGUGUAAUAAAGUGAACAAAUCUCAUGCUUAACCCCUUUCAUACAUAAUUUGCAUAGUAAUGUCUGCGGAAUGUUUUUUAUCGCGACUUCAAUUGCUGUUUGUAAAAGUUUUGCCUGCGAAAGUGUUGGCUGUUUUUCGCACAUAUAGGAAUUUCUGAUUCGAAAAUUAGAAACGCAAAACUUUAACACAACAAGCGUCCAAAGAGCAUAAAGGAUUUUACAUAAUACCAUAAGCCGCGUACACAUUGUAAAAGUGUGAGUGAGUGCGGUGAGGUCAAAGGUGAUGCAGACAAAAAUAGUUAUAAAUUCACCAGAAACCAGAAAGGUACAACGCAACAACAACAAAUAUAAAGCAAAGCAAAGUGUGGUUAUGUAAAUGUUGUCCAACGAAGGGUCGACAAAACAAAAUCUAGAAAGAAAAUUCAUCAUAAUACGAGUACACACGCCCACUUAAAAAACAUAAAGCCAAACGUUAAAGAAAUAAACAGAGAUUCACGCAUACUUACAUAUGCGGCAAUUUCUACGGCAUUGAAAUGAUCGACUCACACAUGUCACCAACGACGGCAGUGAGUGAUAUUGGGAGCAUAGAGCCGUACAAGGUAGACACUUUUAAUGAAGUCGAGAGCAGUGGCGGUGGGAACGGUAGAGGCGAGUUGGAUGUCAUCAUCGCUAGUUAAACUAGUCGUGCUGCUUUCGGCGGCUUGGCGGAAAACCUACAAGAUAAUUAUUCCCAACUUAUCGGUACGACAUCGGCCAUUGAUUGGUGUAAUCAAUCACUGCUACUGUAUGGCAUAAAUAACUGUAGUAUGAAUUUCUAUAGUGGAAUUAACGACACAAUGGUUUAUAAUAUCGUUUUUAUGAUUCUCACGUACAUACUGCCCAUCAUUUCGAUGACGGUCACUUAUUCACGAGUCGGCAUUGAACUUUGGGGCUCAAAGACGAUUGGAGAGUAUACACCCAGACAUAUGGAGAAUGUUCGGAGUAAGAGGAGGGUGGUGAAAAUGAUGAUAGUUGUGGUGCUGAUAUUCGCCGCUUGUUGGUUGCCCUUUCACAUCUAUUUCAUAGUCACAUCAUGUUAUCCGGCGCUGACACAGACUCCUUUCAUUCAGGAAGUCUAUUUAGGCCUCUAUUGGCUGGCCAUGAGUAACUACAUGUAUAAUCCGAUUAUCUACAGCUGGAUGAACUCAAGGAAUACAGCAUGAUUCCAUAUCAGUUACGAACUAAAAUUCGUAUGGACUCUUUUACCGUUUCGAAUUCAUCAUUGCGUUAAUACUCGCCAGAUUACAUCAUCACCGACCAGUUAGAUAAUCAAGGUACUGGGACAGUGCGAAGUACUUUAGGGGAAACAACCUCGAAUUAAGGCGAUUUUUAUUUCUGUGAUAUUAUAUAUAGCUGCAAUAUAUUCUUAAAAUAUUUUACAUAUUGAGAUGAAAAAAAUAAUCUUAAAUAGUGUUAAGCUUUUAUUGUUAUUAUUAUUCUAAAACUUUUUUAAAUUUGAAUUGUUUUUCUGUAAUACCUUUAUUUUUAUUAAAUCAGUAGAGAAAUAAAUAAAGCGCAUAUGU